CAUUCAGGUACACACACAGGUAUACAUGUACACAUUCAGGUAUACACACAGGUAUACAGGUGAUUAUGUCUAAAUGACCUGUAACUUUAACGGCUCCAGAUGUUAACUGAAGUGAUGUUUCAGCUGGUGUGGCUGGUCAGAGAGCUGGUGAAGAGUGGAGUGAUGGGAGCUGAUGGUGUCGUCAUGACGCUGCUCAAACAGAUCGCAGGUGGCGAUAUUUCCACCAAAAACCUCUGGUUGGCUGAGAACGUUCUUGACAUCCUGUUAGACCAAAAAGAGUGGGUGUUGAAGAGUGGGAUGCUGAUAGCGAUGUCAGUCUACACGUACCUUCGUCUUAUCGUCGACCACGGAGCUCCGAAUCUCCUGAUUCUGCGUCAGAAAGAGGUUGACUACUGCAUCUCCAUGCUGAGGGAGAAGUUCAUGGAGUGUCAGAUCAUCGGCAGAGAUCUGGUCCGUCUGAUGCAGAACGUUGCUCGGAUCCCAGAGAUGGAGCUGGUGUGGAAGGACCUGCUGCACAGUCCACAAGUCCUCAGUUCUCAGUUCACUGGUGUUCUCCAGCUGCUCACCGCUCGCACCUCCAGGAAGUUUCUGGCCUGUCGUCUCACACCGGACAUGGAGACCAAGCUGCUGUUCAUGACCUCCAGGGUGCGUUUCGGGCAGCAGAAGCGCUAUCAGGACUGGUUUCAGAGACAGUACCUGUCCACAGCAGAGAGCCAAUCACUGCGCUGCGAUCUGAUUCGCUACAUCUGUGGAGUGGUCCACCCGUCCAAUGAGGUGCUGAGCUCCGACAUCCUGCCGCGCUGGGCCAUCAUUGGCUGGCUGCUCACCACCUGCACGUCAAACGUCGCCGCCUCCAACGCCAAACUGGCUCUCUUCUAUGAUUGGCUGUUCUUCAAUCCUGAGAAAGACAGCAUCAUGAACAUAGAACCAGCCAUCUUGGUGAUGCAUCACUCCAUGAAACCUCAUCCUGCCAUCACUGCUACACUGCUGGACUUCAUGUGCAGGAUCAUUCCUCACUUCUUCCCUCCAUUGGAGUCUCAGGUCCGUCAGGGCGUCUUCAACUCGCUCACCUUCAUCAUGGAGAAGAGAGUGCUGGCUCACCUCGCUCCACUCUUUGAUAAUCCAAAGUUGGACCGAGAGCUUCGAUCGAUGCUCAGAGAGAGAUUCCCUGAGUUCUGCAGCUCGCCCUCCCCCCCGACUGAAGUUAAGAUGGAGGAGUCCACUUCCUUAGAGAUGGACAACCAUGUGUUGGACAAGGAGGACGGUUGCUAUGACAACACAGAGGCGGCCUUCAGCGAUGAUGAGGAGGAGGUCCACAACAAAGGUGAAGAACCAGUUUAGACUGGUUUACGUUUAAUCAACCACUGUCACCAGUACAACCACUGUCACCAGUACAACCACUGUCA